CUAAGAGUGAUUCUGCCGAUGAAAGACCAACACUGAAGUAUGGAAACAGAAUCUGGGCACAUUUAAACCUCAAUGAUGACUUUACUCUGCAGCGCAGAGUCUGGCAAACGCGCACAGCAGCAGCAGAACACCGGGGAGGGUAGGACUGACUGCGACUGCAAGGAGCCUCUUAUGGCCGCUCCGACCGGAAGCAGUCGAGCAUGAUCCGACUCAGGCAGCGGCAGCCACAGAGCGAAAAGGGGCGGGAUCUUAUCGGGUCUCUGCACCUUGUUAUUGGUCCAAAGCAAAACGAAUUGCGGCACAUUGAGCCACAUUGUCUGAAAAUCCGCAAAGGGAGAAAAUGGAGGCUGGUGGUGAUGUGGUGCGGGUAUUCGCACGGCGGCCAGGCUAGACUUUUUUGCGGAGAACAUCCAUUAGGAUUUUGCGACCACCGUCACCUCCCGGUGGCGUUGAUAACCCAGAAGCCCGCGUCGACUAAGAAGAACGGCGAAGAAAAAACGGACUAUUACUGCGCAAGACGACAAAGCACUUGAGAAGACGGCGGGCCACUUGAACGGUUCUAUUCACUGAAGGAAGAAAACGACACAAAAUUCCAGCUGCAAACUGACUCCAGUCCAUUCCAGCACGUUGGUGAAUUCAAGGAACUUCUUUAUUCACUCUCCAGGCAGUUGGAGAGUAUCAACGUUGGAUUGCUUUCUCACCACAACUGAAUGGUACCAUAUUCUUUCUGAACUGAGACCACCUUUUCCAGCAGUCCCGGACUCAGCACCCGAGCAUGCGACUUGUCCAGGCUAUAAGCUGCCUUCCGCCCGAAUGCAGCUGAGAUAGGCUCCAGCAUCCCCUGUGACCCCAAGAGGGAAAUGCGAUUCCUACAUUAGAUGUCACCCUUAUCCUAAAGAGCCCAAUUGUUUCUUCAAUCAAGAAAAGGGGGAAUAUACACAAUCUCUAAACCCUUGAGGAUAAUGGCUCAUGAGUGGGACUCAUAUUUUCAAAACUUUACACCUGUAUCAUCAGAGCCCAAGACUUUUAGGACAUCUGAACCAGAAGAAAGUCUUCCACAUCAUAUACAGAACUUCAUUGGACAGCAAGAGUUUCCUAACUCUACAGCUUCACUUGCUGACCCUAUACCACAGUCGACAUUUGAUACAAACUAUUACUCAAAUUCCAAUAUUGGAAAUUCCAGUUCGGACUGUGUUUACGAAACCUUAUUUAAGGAACCCUCUUGGCAAACAGAUGGAGAACACAUGUCAAAGAAUCCCUUGUUGAAAUGUGGAGAUGCUGACAUUAAAAAUUUAGCUACAAAUGGAUUAUCAUCAUCUGGACCUCUCCCUUCAUCGUUUUCAACUGAAUUACAAGGACUCAAGCAAAACUGUGAACUUUUAGCUACAUCCCUGCUUGAGGACUAUUCGGACGUUAGUAGUUGCUCAGACACAGAGGUCAGUGAAACACAGCCUUCAUGUACAUUUCCUUUAACUAUACCAAUUCAACAGCCUGAAACUGAUUCUACUAAAAAACAAAGUCCAUCUGAAUGGCUGUUCACUCACACUGAAAGUGUGAAAUUUUCAAAUGAAAUUAAUGCCAUGAACUCAGAUUCAUCAAAACUGACUGUUGGAGAAAAUAUGGGUGAAUGUGUACAAGAAACUGAUUUUUCAACCAAAGAGAUUGGGUCAGUUAAAGACGCUGAUGAUAAAUUGGAAGGUCAAAUUGAAGAACAAGCAAAAAAUUCAGAGAAAGGUCACAACGAAGGACCCUAUUCAGACAUCUCAAUAAGCGACAGUGAAUACUUGACUGGCAUGGAGAAUCACCCAGAUGAUACAAAUGAGCAGAUAACUCUACCCGCAUGUGCAAAAACCUUAUUUGCAAAAAUGGAAGAGCAUAUGGAUGAACUAGCGACAGUAACCAAGGAGACAUGCAAAACUGAAAAUGAAGGGUUUGACAACCCUAACGCUAUUGAUCAGCAAAAAAUAAAUAACACACAAAGUGAUCUGGCAGGGAGUGACAGUCUCCAACUGGAAGACCAAGAAUCUGAUUCAUUGGGUGACAAUCCUGGUUACAUUGAUCCCCAAAAAGUAAAUAUGACACUUGGCGACCAGCCAAGGGGUGAUGUCCUACAAGGGGAAGAAAAAAAUUCACAUUCAUUAGUUGAAUAUUCGAGAGUCAUUGAUAAGAAAAAAGAAAUGUUGACACUUGAUGACAAGUCAACAAGUAAUUUACAACACAAAGAAAAAGAAUUAGAGUCCCUGUGUGAAGAAACCUUCAAUGUACAGAGAAAAACAAAAAUCACAUCUUCCAGUGUUCAUGAUAGAAACAUGGGAAUGGAAAACAUGCUGUCACAGCCUGAGACAGAUGGUCAGGAUAAUCAAUUGCAGCCCAAAAGCCCUCAAAUCUCACAUCCACUUGGGUCACACUGCACAAGUAUGGUUGAGAGCAACAGUCAAUAUGUUGGUUCUGGGUUACAGUUAUCUAAGAAUCACUAUUCUAAAACAGUUGUUCUGGAUGACGCUCAGAGCACGGCCUCAAUGAGUGAUGGUCAUUUGAAUGAUGCCAGUGAUGAGCAGAGUUAUUGUAGUAAUUCAGAUUUCUCUUUAAAUUCCAAUAACUCAAGCAAAGACGUCUUCCCACAACUACCCUGCUCAAGUACAGACACAAACUUUUUUGUCAAAGAGGAAAGUAUGGGUGUCCAAGAGAAGGUGAGCACAUCCUCCAAAUGUGUUGCAAGUAACUUUUCCAAACUGGAUAUGUGCAAUGAGGAUGGUAUUCCAAAGGAUUUAGACACCUGCUCACAGAAAGACGACUCAAACCAUGAUGCUUUAUUCUGCCUGGAUAAUGAUUCAGGAAGACCAAAUGAAAUCUCUUCAACAUGUCGGCAAAUGUCACUUCAUCAAAGCUCUGUGACCACAGAACAAGAAAAGCUAACAGGAUGUAUGUCGCUCGAAGGGAUGGACACAUUCAAGGGAAGUGAGCAUCUGUCAAGAGAAGACUCAAGUGAAUCAAAGGGAGAAGAGGAAACCUGUAAUCUCAGACCGAACAGUUACAGCAUGGCAGAGUCAGAAAAACAAGGUACUCCUCUAAAAUCCUCUUUACAAAUGAGAAAACGCUUGCAACCUGUUGUAAUCAUUGAAAAAAUUGAGCCUGUCAUUUCAAAGAGUACUUUGUACCAUUGUGCAGUUUGUGAGCACAAAACCCAUAUUGUCGAUCAUUUAAUUGAACAUCACCAUUGUCAACAUUCAGUGCCGAACUUUCAGUUUUCCAGGACAGCAGAUCAAUACCUGAUGACUGACAAAUCAGACAAACAUUUGGGUGAGAUAGCUAAACAAACUAAACAUGUUUCAGGUUCUCACAUGCCUAAAAGGAAAGGGCGUUAUUUUUGCAGCUUUUGCAACUUCACAUUUUCACAAAUGCUUGUGUAUUUGAAACACAUGCGGCGUCACACUGGCGGAACACCUUAUAAGUGUAACACAUGUAGCACUUAUUUUUCACACAAUUCUAGCUUGGUAAAACACAAAACUAUACCUGGUAGAUGCAAGACUGCAAAAACAGUAAGUCCAGAUGGAAAACCAAGUGACCAUGAAGUUAUCAGUCCAGAAAAACAUGACUCUACAUUACAACCACCACAAGUCGUAACACAAAGGACACCACAUGAGAAUCUGCCUGAAUGUCGCGUGAAAAUGGUUGAUGUCUCCAAAGGUCAUGUCUGUGUCCAGUGUGGCAAAAUAUUCUCAACUUUAAAGAAAGUCAAAAGGCAUGUUUACAGGAUACACAAAGGAAAAAGUUCAGCUGUUUGGCAAGAUCAUAGUACCAUGAAAUCCACUAAAAAAUACAUGGAGAAACCUACUGAAAAAUACAGUGAGAACGCCACUGAAAAACACAUAGUAAAAGCCAAUUGCAAAAAUGAAACAAAAAACAGAAAAUAUCAAUGCCCUUUGUGCCCACGACUUUUCAUGUACUCUUACAACAGAUCUAGACAUUUACGGGACUGUGUCAAAUUGGCUGUUGGUCAUAAAAAGAACAAAAUUGGUAAUAGAUACAGAUGUCCACUGUGUGAUGCUACGUUCUCUGCUUCAGGCAACAGAUACAGGCAUAUAAAAGCCUCCUGCCUCAGAGAGUGUAUUACCCGUUUAUCCAAAGAGAAACCCUAUGUUAAGGAAAUAAAAAAGUCAAAGGACAAUGAGAAGGAAAAAAUACCAUUGGAAAACAAACAAACUAAAGUGCAAUCAAAUUUAACAUUAGAAAAUGAACACUCCUACAAAUGUAACCUUUGUCCAGCAGUUUUCCAGAAAGUAUCUGGACUCUACAAACAUAUGAAGAGGCAUGAGUCUGCAAUUACUGGCAAAAUUAUCAAGUACAAGUCUUCUGUUUUGUCCACAAAGUCAAAACUUACACCAUCCAGCAGCACAAAGACUGACGAAAGCAAGAAAGAGAAUGGUAUGAAAUCCGAAGAAGAAAUGGCUGAUCCGUCACUGACCUGCAAGUAUUGUGAAAAAUACUUCAACACAUUACAAUCAUUAAAGAAACAUGAAAGCUGUCACAGAGGUGAAAGACCAUACCGCUGUUUGCAGUGUGCAAGAGGAUUCAAAAAACGUGUCCACCUAUUGGGUCACAAAAUUGUCCAUCAGACAAUAGAGUGCACACUUUGCAAAAAGGUCCUUCCGAAUUCCAGGCAUCUUCUCCAGCAUGCUAACUUAUAUCAUAAAGGAAAAAGUCUCCCAUGUGAAGACUGUCAAGAACAAUUUCAGAAUGCUGCAGAACUCCUUAGACAUCUAAAAGUACAUAAAACUGCAAAAGGCAAGGCACCUCUCUUGAAAGAGGAACCACUGCAGUCUUUGAAAUCUCAACAAGAACCAAGUGACCAACAAGAUCUGCAGUGUUCCCUUUGCAAAGAAAAAUUUGACGAUGUCUAUGUACUCAGAAAACAUUGCCUUACACACAUAACGGCAUCAUGUAAAUGUCCUUUUUGCAAUAAGACAUUUAUUGCCCGCCGAUAUUUGUUAAACCACAUGGACAAACAUACAGGAGAGAAACCUUAUUCAUGUACAGGCUGUGGAAGACGUUUCAUUCGAGAAGUGUACUUGAAAAAUCAUAUCAAGAAGUGUGCGCUAUGUCCCAAACCCAGACCAAACCUUGUCAGGGGGUCUACUAAUCAGUGUUCCAUUUGUUCCAGAAAAUUUUCAAAGAAAUUACGCCUGUUGACUCACUACCAGGGCCACAAGUUGAAUACUCUGCGUCCCUGUUUAAAUUGUGGGAUGUACUUUGGAUUGAAUAAACAUGGUGAACAUCAAAGGACAUGUGUACAGAAGUCAGAACUCAACAAUGGCUCAUCUUCUAAUGAUAAUGCCGACCAAAGCAUCCCAGAGGAACACUUCGACGCAAAUAAACCUUACUCCUGUACAAACUGUGGAAGACGUUUCAUUCGAGAAGUGAACCUGAAAAAUCACAUCAAAAGAUGUAUGCCAAGUCUCAAACAAAUACCAAACCUUACCACGGGGUCAACUCUUCAGUGUUCCAUAUGUUCCCGAUUAUUUACUAAGAAAUCAUACCUGUUGGCUCAUUACCAGGGCCACAAGUUAAAUACUCUGCGUUGCUGCUUAAAUUGUGGGACAUACUUCGGAGGAAACAAAUUAAUUGAACAUCAGAAGACAUGUGUACAAAAGUCAGAACACAACAAUGGCUCAUGUUCUAAUGGUAACGCCAGCAAAAUCACCACAGAGAAAAACCUAAAUGCAAAUAAAAAUGCAUCCCAGUCCCAUGCAUCCCGGAUGUUUCCAUUUAGAUGUCCUUACUGUACUCGGAGGUUUAGGUUCAGAUCUGUACUUUUUAAACAUAGUGUGACACAUACUGGUGUUCAGCCGUAUCCAUGUACGCAUUGCGGCCAACGGUUUUCAGCAAUGCACUUGCAGUUGAGACAUGAAGAGAACUGUAAUGUUGCUUCCAAGAAGGAAAAGUCAAAUGCUGAAAGUGCUGCUUUGACAAGUCUGUUGAAAAUGCCGGCUCACCAAGAGGAAGGGCAGCAAUCUCCAGAAAAAGUCGGCAAUCAGUUGAAAUGCAAAUUCUGCACAAAAACCUUCGUUAAGCCACGUAGCCUGCGACGUCACAUUUUGACACACAAUGAGGUAAAUCCUUAUCGAUGUAAAGCUUGUGACAGCUGCUUUUCAAGAUAUGAUUAUCUUAAAGUACACCAGGCUCAUUGUAAAGGAAAACGAUUACGGUUGGCAGUCUGCAUCCCCAAAAUAAGCUUAGAUGAUGUUGGCAAGGGCUGGCAAAACAAGUUUCCCAGUGAAAAUGAGGCUACACAAGACACAUUUGAUUGUGACGUCUGUUCUAAGAGUUUCCCAGCUCAAUCUAAACUCUCCCGCCAUGUGACACUGUUCCAUACUGUGAAAUUAUUCAAGUGCACACGUUGUGAUGCAGGUUUUUCUCAUGAAAAAUCUCUGAAAAGUCAUCGGAAGAUGAAAAAAUGCAGAAACGUCUCAAAGGAAACAAAUACUCCACAGGAAACUCCAGCAACAGAAAAUUCCAUCAAGCCACUCCAAGAGAGCAGACUUCAGAAGAAACUCCAGCCCUAUUAUAACAAAAAGCACAACUUCACUUGCAGCUACUGCCCUCGUGCUUUUGAUUCCAACACAAAGCUGCUGGUCCACACCCGGCUGCACACAGGAGAAAAGCCGUUUGCUUGUGAUUGUGGCUUGCGAUUCAUUAGACGGGACUAUUUGCAGCGUCAUUUUCGAAAAUGCUCCAUGAACCAGGGAAAAUGCUCCAUGAAACAGGGAAACGCAAACAAACUUGUGGAUCAUGAAAAGAACUGCACUAAAAUGUCCAACUUGUCAGCAGUUGGACAGAACAAAGAAGCAACCGGUCAAAGCCUGAAGGGCUUUUCUUGUGCAUACUGCAGUUCACAGUUUUCUUUGUUUUCUCAGCUUCAAGAACAUUUUUUGAGUUCACACAAACUGGAAACAAUGGAUCCAACAGUGUCUCCUGCUCCUCUUCAACAUCAUCUGUCAAAGCUACCAAUUAUUGACGAAGAGCUAUUGGAUGACAAACAGCCCAGUCAAGGCAUUAAUUUGACUUGUAAACUGGACACAGCAAUUGUUGGCAAUGUUUCUGAAUCACUGGUUUGCCAAGUGUGCAAUAUGUCCUUUGAAAAUAAAGCUGGACUCAAAGGUCAUUCUCGUGUGCAUUCUAAGGAGAGCCUUUUUAAAUGUAAAAUAUGCAAGAAAGGCUUUUGGAAUAAGAAUCUACUUCGAAACCAUAACAGGAAAUGUCGGCAAGGACAUGGCGCUGCAAGGCAUAUAGAAAGCCCUCUAAAAGCAGAUCUUGAUCUGGAAGUUCCUGAGUCAAUUCUAGUUUUCAAAGACCAUUCAGAAACAACAGGGACUGGCGUUUUGCAGACCAAGUUUUCUUGCAAAGUUGACUCACAAAGCCCAAAUGACGUUUCGGUGCAAAGCAGUGGAAACAAUGAGAAGAAAGUGGUUCAGUACCAAUGUUCUGAAUGUGAUUUGAGUUUCACUGAUGGCCUGAUGCUCAUCAGUCACCUAGAGGACCAUGGAAGGGAGGAGCAAACAAAAAAGCUCAAUACCUGUCCAAAGUGUGGGCGAAUUUUUUCUAACCAAGCAAUUCUUGAUAAACACAUGAAGAUGCAUGGUCUACAUAAGGAAUUCUCCUGCUCUGACUGUCCCAAGUCAUUUUACACUUCAUCUGAAUUGGAUACCCACAAAACAUUCCAUGACCCAGUAAGACCAUUCCCUUGCAAACUCUGUGGUCAGAGGUUUUGGUCAAAACAGUCCCUCUGCUACCAUUACGGUGAAGACCAUCACAAAAAUACAUUUUCUUGUAAUUGCUGUAAGAAAGCAUACUUAAGCAAAAAGUCUCUACAAAGACACUACAAAGAAUGUCAUCCCAAAGAGCGGAAUAACAUUCAGAACACUGAGGGCAGCAGUAAAGCUAGUGUAACCAGUGAAAGCGACAACGAUGGAAGUAAUAGUGACAACAGUGACUCUGCGCCAUACUUCCCAUGUCAUGUAUGUGGAAAGACAUUCCCAACCUCGGAAAACCUUGAGGAUCACCAAAAAUGUCAUCUUGGGGAAAAACCUCAUGAAUGUUCGGAAUGCGGCAGAUGUUUUUUCCAGGCGUCCCAGUUGGAGCAGCAUAAACGAAUGCACAAGUCUGAAUUGCAGUGUCAGGUGUGUGGAAGAGGCUUUGUGUCCCACUUUGCCCUGCGGAAACAUAAACACAGUCAUGGUAAGAGUCGUCCUCAUCGUUGCUCCAAGUGUCAGCUCAGCUUUGCGGGACCCUCACAGCUAGCAGAACACAUGUCUACUCACCGGGAAGAGAACUUUCCAUGUGACAUAUGCAAUCAAGUAUUCCUCUCCAAGAGUAGUAGAGCUGAGCACAGGAAAACACACCCAGUGUCAAACAAGCAACCUUCGCCUGCUUUGCAGCAAAGUAAAAGGUCUGCUUCUCCUUCGGAAAGUUCACUGGGACAAGUCCAGCUAAAAUAUCGCUGUGGUUUGUGUAAUGAGCGCUUCAAAGACCCAGAGGAUCUUUCAGAGCAUGGAUGCUGGAUAUCCAAUGAGAGGCUAUUUCCAUGUUUAGAUUGUAAUAAACAUUUUCUGCAUGCAUCUCACCUGGAAAAGCACAAAGUCAUCCAUCAACAGUCGCAGCCUGAUCAUACACAUGUAUGUAACCACUGCAAUACCACCUGUUCCUCCUUUGACCAAAUGCUCAGCCAUUUGAAAACCCAUGAAAAUGAGCAUCCAGUAACAGACAAGAACAUGAGCUCUCAUAAGUCCGUUGAGACCCUGAAGUGCAAAUUGUGCAACAUUACCCUUUCCUCUGCAAGUAAGCUUGAGGAACAUGAGCAAAGUCAUAGUGGAUCUGCAGCAAAUUUUGAAUGCACAGGUUGUGGCCAGAUAUUUUUGGAACGUGAUGCUCUCCACCAGCACCCAUGUACCCAUCAACAAGGACAGUCCUGUGCUGAAACUACCUACAAGGUACCUGUUGAGGAGGAGGAAGUUGACGUCACCGUGGAGGAAAAUUACUACUGCCCAGCUUGCGCAAUGCAGUUUUCUUCAAAAAGUGCUUUAUUAGAGCAUCAGAACACAAGACACGGCAAUGUGCAAAAUAAGAAGCAAUUCAAAUGCACGCACUGUGAGAAGACCUUUGCUUGGAGGCAUUCUCUUCGAAAUCACGUGAGAAAGGUGCACUUAAACCUGCCUGACCAAAACAUGGCUCCACCAGACAAAAAACUGUUAAAAUGUUCCAAGUGCAGUCAAAAGUUCAACACACCACAAGAGUUGUCGCAGCACAUGAGAAAGCACGCUGAAACAGAGGUAGGGCUGCAUCGCUGCGAUAUGUGCUACAAGUCAUUUGCACGCAUUGCUCAGCUUGAACUGCAUCAAGAGAGUCAUGUUGGGCAAAUUGUGUAUGAAUGCACAGAAUGUGACAAAGCUUUCGCUUUUCCUCACUUACUGGAGGAACAUCAACUUACACACCUGCCCUCAAAACAAUAGCAAAUGUAUAACAUCUACUCAUUUCCUUUCAUAAACUGUAAUAGACCUCCACACAAGUUAUAUCCACUUAGGGACAGUCUACUGAUUUUGUAAAUAUGGAUAUUGGACUUUGUAUCAAAUACAUUGGCCACAAUUGUUCUUGAAGUUAUUUGUUCAUAUACAUCUUGUACAAUAUUUUUGAACUGUAAAAUUGUAUAUAAUAAUUAUGCCCUGGAUCAAGCUUUAUUUUGCAGACUUUGGAGCCUGUUUUUAGUCUAUCCCGUUGAUGACCAUGACCUCUUGUUCUAAAAAUAUAUUCGCUUUUGUUCUUAAUGACAAGUAUUUUGUUUAUGGUUCAUGUGAUUUUCAGUUUUAUUAUUUCUGUUAAGUGUAAAAAACUAUUGACAAAUUUGAAAAACUGCAUAUUGUUCAGUAGAUGAUGUCAAAUUAAAUUUUUAAUGCAUUUGAUUAAAUCCAUUACAAAAGCCA